UUUUGCGCGCCGCGGUUUGUAUUUGUGUUCCCAGUGCUCGGUGUGUGGCUCUGUCACCUCUGUUAAACGGAUUAUUGCUCACCGGCUCGGCCAUCAUGAACGCGCCCGUUACCGCCCCAGACCCCGCAGCCUCGGCCGGGCUGCUGUUCGCGGUCUGAGGGAUGAAGAGCAGGAAGCUGCGGCCCGCUCGAGCUGGAGGAGGCAAGAAGAAAGUCCCUAGCGAUGUGUCGCCCUCCACGAGCCUCCCUCCUCUGGUCGAGGGUCAGCUUCGAUGCUUCCUGCGGGUGACGAUAAGCCGGGUGCUGUGGACGGUUCACAAGCCGCCGUCUCCUACAUCCGUCAGGCUGCGAUGGUGGGGAGAGUCGUCCAACGGGACGCAGUUCUUUCCCAGAGACGGAGCACAGCUGUCCCAAAAGACAAUCAAGACCACAGCUUGCUUCCCAAUCCGCUGUGGGCCAAAGCAGUUCACCUCAUAUCUGACCGAUAUGGGCUCUUUGGUGCUGGAAGUUCUAACGAAGCCGGAUCAUUUACCAAUCGCUCGUGCUCAGGUCGCUGGAAUCUCCCGUCUGUCAUUGUCAAACCCAAUCAGUGGAUUUUACACUCUGGUAUCUCCAACAUCUGACAAACUGGGAGAGUUACAGGUUUCACUGAAUUUGGAGCCCCUCGCCGAGGCCUACGACAGCAGCAGCUCAGGUCCGCCGACAGACGUUAGCCUGGAAGGACUGCAGGUCCACACACUGACCGUCCCCUCGCAGGAAAAAUCAGCCGGCAGCAGUGGUGCAAACACACCAAGGGGGAAGGACCACCUGUACUUCCAGAAAGACAGGGAAGAGACUGUGGAGAAUCAGAAGCCGAUGAACAGUGAAACAACGGUGAAUCCGUUAAGUCGGGACACUUCCCAUGGACAAGCUGCCAGUGAUAUUCUGUCAGUUAUCCUGGAACGUGGAAACAAGCUUCGAAACGCUAUGGUUGUAUCAGCUUUAAAAUGUGAGAUGGAUUCUGACCCUGCGCUGAAAGAUUCCCCUCUGCCACUCCCGAAGGACAACAUCCAGCCGCCUCUCCAGUCAGUGACCUUUCCUCCUCCCCCAGGGACGUUUCUAGAAAAUAUCCUUCAGACUGACUCACCUGUGAAGCAGUCUGAUGUGUUGGUCUCAGACUGCAGCCUCGAUAACAGAGCUGUGGAUCUCCUCCUGGGCAGUUCAGCCUCGUCUCCUCCGCCUCUCUGGGAUGGACGGCACUCCCCCUCGGAGUCGCUGUCCGGCCACGGCAGCGUGUGUGGAGACAGUGAGCUCAAUGACCCUCAGUACGACCAGAGCUUACUGGAAAACUUGUUCUAUAAAAACCCUAUCUUGGACAGCCGAUCGGAGGAGGCUCCGGAGGAUCGUCAGGAGUCGUCCUCUAAAAAUCAACAGCUGCCACAGUCUGGAUCCAAGAUGAUCAAAAAUCCACAUUUGGAUCAAGCGCGCCCUGCUGCGGCUCUUCGUCGCCUGCUGGAUGAGGAGCAGAUGGCUUUGCUGAGCGCAGUCAGACGGCUGAGAGUGACCGUCGACUCUCUGACGGUGCCUGCAGGCAGCGCCAGCCCCACAGCCAGACUCACCGCGAGGCCGCCGCGACCCGCCAUCGCCAACAAGUGCACAUAUUUUGUUGAAUAUCAGUUACCUGAGACUUUGACUUCGAGUCGACACGGCGGCUCUGGAGAGGUGACCCGCCUGGCCUCCAGUAAACUUUCUAAAGGAGUGGUGAAGUUCGAGCAGACGUCUGUGUUUUCUGUCCACCUCAGCACGGCAGCACUUCAGCAGUGGUGGGAGACGCAUCUGAAUUUCAAGAUUUACUCACGGAAGGCCAACCAAAAGAAAGCCGUGUUCGUCGGUAAAGCGGCUCAUCCUCUGCGCGGUUUGCUGCAGAGCAAACAGCUCCGUCAGUCCGUCGUCCUGGCCGUGCAGAGCCUGGAGGAACACGGCGGGAGGCGGGAGGUCGGGCCUCUCAAGGUGACGGUGGAACUUGAAGUGGACUGCAAACGCUUCCUCUCUGAAAAAAGUGACGCCCAGGCGACGCAGAGCGACUCAUCAGCACCACGAGCUGCAACCAGUCCAGACAGAGGAGCCGGCGCCGGACCUCAGCAUGCUGACCCCGGCAGCGAGGAGCCUCAGGGUCGCUCUGAGACGCCCCGGAUGAAUGUCAGGACGCCAGAAGACCGCGUCCCUCACCCCGGCCUCUUCACAUCGCUCACGCCACGGCGGCAGCAGGAGGAGGAGGAGGAGGAGCCCCAGGUCCUGCUCCACGCUCUGCUGAUGGCUCCAGACGGGAAGAGCUUCAGCGGCGGGCCUCUGCAGGCUCCAAACGUUUACCUGAACUGUAAACUGUUCUGGUGUGACGAGACGGCCCGGUCCGUGGUCAGCUGGGGUCAGAAGAACCCGACCUUCAACUUUGUCCAGGUGACGCCAGUGGCGUUAACCUCUAAACUCCUGCAGCGAAUGAAGAACAACGUGAUGGUGAUCGAAGUGUGGCAGAAGAGCAGGCCGUCAGGGCAGGACCCGCUUCUGGGCCUCGUGAAGUUACCUCUCCACCAGUUCUACAUGUCCUUCAGGGAGCCUCGGAUCGCCCAGCUGCUCCUGCGGGCGCAGUACCCCGUUGUGGCGGUGGACGGCCUCAUGCCGGUGGUGGACGUGCUGUCGGGCGGCUGCAGAGGACGCCUCAGGGUUGUUCUGGCGAUGGGCCAAUCCGAGCAGAUCCUGUCCCUCCAGCGCUCCAGAGACGAGUACUGCGAUUCCCCGCCUCAGCUGGUGAGGCCAGUUCAUCUGCUUGAUCAGCAGCGACGAGCGCAGCAGAAGGGGAACGCAGGACGGGUGGAAGCCAUGACGGAGCACGUGUUUGUGGUCAGAGUGGAGAAGGCCAGCGGGCUGACGCCGCUGCAGUCCACGGUGUGGGGCGAGGCCGACUGCUACGUCCAGUACGGCUUCCCCUGCCAGGACGGGGACGGAGACGGAGACGGGGACGGGGACGUGCUGACCAGCGCCACCGUCAGGCCGUUCCGCAGCACCGCCACGCUGUGCGUCCCUGACCCGCUGUUCGGCCACACCGAGACUCACGUGCUGCUGGCUCCCGAAGACGUCCCCGUCCAGACGCUGCUGCUCAGCUCGCUCUCCAGCCAAGGCCUCGGCGGCGGGGGAGGCGUCCAGUUUGAAGUGUGGUGCAGAUAUUAUUACCCCAACGUCAGAGACCAGCUCGUAGCCAGAGGACUGCUGCCGCUGUCCAGACUGUGUGCCAUGGUCACCAUGCAGCGGCAGCAGCCCGACGACGGCCAGAGGUUCUCUCUACCCCUGAUCCCCAGGACGGAUCACCCCUCCUCACAGCUCCACCACCCCUCCGGCCUGCUCGAGGUGAGCGUCCGCUACAAACACCGACCUCUGAGACACGAGGCGCCGCCCGGGAGAGGAUUGGCUUCUCGCCUCGUGACGCUCGUGCUCCAGGUGCACCGAGCUUCCGGCCUGAAGGCAGCAGCCAGGUUGAUCGCAGAGAAAGACGAGCGGUUUGCCUACUUUGCCGGCGUGGGGCUGAAUCCUUACGUCACCGUCCAGCUGUCCUUCACGCCCGAGGCGGAGGCGAGGCGCACCCGCAUGGCCGCCAGGACCUUCAGCCCCGAGUUCGACCACCAGGCCGAGGUGGCCUGCGACCUGCUGGAGCACCGGAGCGGCGGGGAGACCUGCAGCCUGGCGGAGCGGCUGGACCGGGCCGCGGCCGUCUUCACCGUCUGGAACAGAGACGACCGCAGAGCUUUGAGUGUUUCCAGACCUAGAGACGUGAUGUUGGGCACAGUGAAAACGCCACUGGCUGAUCUCCUCCACAAAAGAACAGGUAUUUCUGGCUGGUUCGGCAUCUAUUCAACCCAGGAAGCGAGUUGCUCUGAGCAGCAGCAGGUCCUGGUGGGGGGCCUGGAGCUGUCGGUCAGCUUCGCUCACCACUCGGACAGAGAGCGGGUCCUGAGAGCGGCUCGGGGUCUGGCCUGGGAGAGCUGGCGUCGGGACGGGGACGAGCUCUGGCAGGACGGCAGCAGAAAGCUCCGGCUGACCUUCUGGGUGCCUCGGGCGUGGAUCCCCGUCCACUGCCUGCUGCUGCCCGGCCACGGCGCGCUGCAGCGCUCCACCUACUGCUACUUCCGCUAUCAGUUCUACGAGCAGGAGGCGUUCUGCUCCCAGAUGAAGCACCCCCGGGUGGAGGAGGGCGCGGAGGAGGGCCGGGCCGCCGCGAGCUUCGAAGGCAGCCGCACCGUGGAGCUGACGGCCACCCAGCCUCUGGCCUGGUACCUGCGGGAGGAGAGGCUGGAGGUGCAGGUGUGGGUGGCCUUCAGGAAGGACGGCGGCAGGCGGCCCGGCGACACCGACCGGCUGGUCGGCUCGGCGUUCGUCGACCUGUCUCCUCUGGCGAAGACGGACGAGCAGAAGCCGACCGUCAGCGGCGUGUAUCCGCUGUUCAGGCGCUCGGCAGCCGACCUCCAGGGAGCAGCGCUCAGGGUUCACGUCUCUCUGACGGCGGGCUGCGAACACGGAGAGGAGGCUGCUGGAGGCGGCGGCGCGCUGCAGUCCGACUGUCAGGAAGACUCGGUAGAGGAGGGGGAGGCAGCGGAGGAAGCCCGUUCGCCCAGUCCGCACAGGAAGUCAGACUCACACAGCAGAGAGAUGAAGGAAUCCUCGGCAGAGACGCCAGACGUCCCGCCUGCGCAGCGCUCCGACAGCGGCGAGCAGGAAUCCUUCCCUGUGAGCGUCAUGGUGGACCGGGCCAUGCACCUCACCCUCAAAGGGUGUCCGUUGGCGGAGCGGAGCGAGGGCUCGCCGUGCUGCUGCGUCUCGUACGUCACCGCCGACUCUGCCGAGCCGGUGUCCACGGCCGUGGUGGCCGGCACGGCGUCGCCCGUCUGGGACCAUCGGCACGAGUGCAGGCUGUCGGAGCAGCUGCUGCUGGACCCCCAGCAGGCCCUCGUCUUCAAAGUCUGGCACAAAGGAGAGGUGGAGCGGGUGAUCGGGUUUGCGCCGGUGGACCUGUCUCCUCUGCUGUGUGGGCUGCCGGCCGUCUGCGGCUGGUACAACAUCACCGACUUCAGCGGUCAGUGCCGCGGCCAGAUCAAAGUGUCCGUCACGCCGCUGAGGGGCGUCCAGGACCUGCGGCGGCAGCGAAGAGCCGUCAGCGAGGACGCAGCAAAGGAUCCCUCGGCGUUUUUCCCGGCCGUCCCUCUCGGCUAUCAGACCACGGCCACGUACAGCAGCUUCCCCUCUCACAUCAGCAGAUACCCGGAGCAGCAGAUCUCCUCGCCCGACCACACCGACACGCUCUUCUCCGAAAGGUCCAGUGAGAGCGACCGCCACCUGGAGCACAUGGACAACGUCCGCCUUUACCACCAGAGUCUCCAGGAGCGGUCGGGUUUCCAGGUCGCUCCCUCCAGCUCGGCGCUCUUCUCCACUCUCAGGAAAAAACUCAGCGAACUGGACAACAUCCAGAGAUACUUCAGCCGGAAGCUUUCCACCCCGUCGCCGUUUCCUCCGACGGCGGAGCAGGACUGCCGCGGCGCGCUGCAGGAGCCCAGCGGCGCGGCGCCCGACGCCGGCCAGCUCCUCCUCAGGUCCUCACAGCUAGUGGGGGAAGCCAACAGCAUCAUCAGCGGACUCCGGGGAAACCAGCUGGGAGCGAGUCCCUCCAGGUCUGCCCCCGCCGAGGGGGAAGACCACCGUCAGCCCGACGGCGCGAGGAUCUCAGACCGCCAGCCAGAGCCGGAGUCUCCGUUCUGCUCCCCGCCUCCAGAGGUACCCGAGGACCGGGCGGAGGACGGGCCCGGCUGGGAGGAGGACGGAGAGCAGAGCGAGGAAGACUACGAGGAGGAGGUGGUGAAGCCCAGGCCUCUGAACGAGGUCACCUCCGUGACGGACAGAACCAGCCCCUGGACCAGCGUCCUGUCAGACCCGGACCUGGCUCCCCUGGAGAGCCCAGACAUCCCCGAGGGUCCAGACCUGAGUGAGGAGGAGGAGGAAGAGGAGGAGGAAGAGGAGGAGGAGGAGAAGGAGGACGGGGAGGAAGAGGAGGAGGACGGGGACGCUGGCGGUGGUGGAGGCAGACGCAGCUGCAGCGGCUCAGACGCAGAACCAGACGGUGACGGAACGCUGCAGACCGAGUCCGACUCCUCGCCCAGCACACGGCACGGCACGGUUACCCACAAUGCACCAGGCUCAGCGGACGGCCAAGACGCAAAGCUCCAGCACUCCGUCCCAGCAGACGUCCCCAACUUCUUCCUGUCCUCCCACCAGCUGGAGGCGUCCAUGAGAGCCAUCCGCCUGGCGCCGUCCUUCUCUCAGACGCUCAGCGACACAGCCCGGGCCCCCCGCGCUCCCAGAGGCCCCCGUCAGCGCCCCCUCAUGUCGCCCUCCUCCAUGACGAGGGAGACGCAGAGGAUCGCCAAGAUAUUCGCAGCUCACUUCGACCAGGCCGGUCCGGACGGGACGCUGUGACGCACUCCUGUACAUUUCCUGUAAUAUUUUGUAUUUUUAUAAAUAAAUCCUGAUUCACCACCGUG